ACUCUCAGCUGAGUGAUCUGACAGCGACCGACCGCUUCUUCCCCAAUCGCUCAGCAGCCGGGGAGAGGCGAAGGGCAAAGGAACAGCAAUCAUGGAGCAGUUGUAGGGGAUAAUGGACAAGCCUCCCCUUCUGGAAGAAAGCAAAGAAACCAAAGCUACAUGACCGAAAACGUAAUUCCCAAAGCGGCAACGAGAAACACAAGAGUAUCAAUCAUGCAGUUCAAAUACAGAAGAAUCGAAUAAUCUAUUCCAACGAAAGGGUUCUCCGUGAUCCUUCAAGGUUGGAACCGCUUCAAGCCGUCCCGUCCCCACAUUGUACGUCGCUGGCGCAUCGACCGCGGUUGAUCGAUCACCAUCGUCCAUAGUAUGUCGGUGGAGGACCAGCGCUAUUCCGACGCGAUGCGGGUGCUAGAGGCCGGACCGGAGUGGCUACGAGCCGAGAUCGAGCGCCUUUCCCGGGAGCUGAGUGAGACUACCCAUGAGAAGAUCCAAGCGGCGGAGUACGGGCUGGCGGUGCUGGAGGAGAAGCAGCAACUGAAACAGCAGUAUGACGACCUGGAGAUCGAAUACGAGACCGUGCGCCAGGAACUGGACAUGCUCAAAGAGGCGUUUGGACAAGUCUACUCCAACCAUAAGAAGGUGGCUGCAGAUGGGGAAAGCAGGGAGGAGUCUCUGAUCCAGGAGGCGGUGUGUAAGGAGGCCUAUUACGAGCAGCGGGUCCUGGAGCUGCAGACGGAGCUCCGCCAGGCCCGUAAUGUCCUCACCAACACCCAGUCAGAGAACGAACGCCUGGCCUCCAUCACCCAGGAGAUGAGAGAGAAUAUCCAAGUGGUGGAGCUGCAGCGGACUCGUCUGCGUGAUGACAUCAAAGAGUAUAAAUUCCGGGAGGCACGUCUGCUGCAGGACUACACAGAGCUGGAGGAGGAGAACAUCUCCCUACAGAAACAGGUCUCCGGGCUCAAACAGACCCAGGUGGAGUUUGAGGGUCUGAAGCACGAGAUUCGUCGUCUGGAGGAAGACACCCAGUUCCUGAACAGCCAAUUGGAGGACGCAAUCCGCCUGAAGGAGAUCGCCGAGCGACAGCUAGGGGAAGCCCUGGAGACCAUCAAGACUGAGUGCGAGCAGAAGGCCGCCCUGAGGAAAGAGCUCUCCCACUACAUGAGCAUAGGAGACUCUAUGUACCACAGCCCCCUCAGCAUCUCUCUGGAUGGGCUCAAGUUCAGCGACGACGCAGCCACGGAACCAAACAAUGAUGAGGCUCUCCAUGGUUACGAGAAUGGCUUCAGCAAGCUUGCCAAUGCCAUCACUGAGGACAACCGUGCGUCCACGCCCAAGAAGGGUGACCUGUUCCGCCCCGUCCCCAGCCUGGUAGAUGACCUGCUGAGUGAACUCAACAUCUCUGAGAUCCAGAAACUCAAACAGCAGCUACUGCAGAUGGAGCGUGAGAAGGUGUCUCUGGUGUCCACGCUGCAAGACUCCCAGAAGCAGUUGGAGCAGGCCCACGGGGCCCUGGAGGAGCACCAGGACAAGGUCAGCCGUCUCACCGAGAACCUCAACGCCAUUCGGAGGCUACAGGCCAGCAAGGAGCGCCAGUCAGCCCUGGACAAUGAGAAGGAGCGCGACAGCAACGAGGACGGGGACUACUACGAGGUGGACAUCAACGGACCCGAGAUCCUGGAGUGCAAGUACAAGGUUGCAAUGUCGGAGGCAGGUGAGCUAAAGGAGGAGCUGAAAACCCUGAAGGCAGAGUACCAGUCCUGUCAGUCACACUACGAGGAGGAGCGAGGCCGUCUGGAGACUCAUGUCACAGCCCUUGGAGAGAAGCUGGCCUCUCUGGAGAAGACCAGCCACGUGGAGAAACAGGAGAAGGCCAGGCUGGAGAAGGAGCUGCGCAAGGUGAGUGACGUGGCAGGCGAGUCCCAGGGCAGCCUGAGCGUGGCGCAGGACGAGCUGGUCACCUUCAGCGAGGAGCUGGCCACACUCUACAACCACGUGUGCAUGUGCAACAACCAGACUCCCAACCGCGUCAUGCUCGACUUCUACAAGCAGGGCAAGGGCGGGCGCACCAGCCCUGAGGGUCGCGGACGCCGCUCCCCCAUACUGCUCACUAAGGGCCUGUUUCCCGUCCCCGACGCUGCCGACAGCGCCCUGUCCCCUGUCUCCUCUCCCCCCUCGCCCCGGGAGCCAAUGAACGUGUACAACCUGGUGGCCAUCAUCCGGGACCAGAUCAAGCACCUCCAGCUGGCGGUGGACCGCACCACAGAGCUGUCCCGUCAGAGGAUGGCCUCUCUGGAGCUAGGCACAGUGGCUGAUAAGGACAAGGAGGCCUGCAUGGGGGAGAUCCUCAAACUCAAGUCCCUCCUCAGCACCAAGAGGGAGCAGAUCGCCACCCUGAGGACCGUGCUCAAAGCCAACAAACAGACGGCUGAGGUGGCGCUGGCCAACCUGAAGAGUAAGUAUGAGAACGAGAAGGCCAUGGUGACGGAGACCAUGAUGAAGCUGAGGAAUGAACUCAAGGCCCUGAAGGAGGACGCCGCCACCUUCUCCUCACUCAGGGCCAUGUUUGCCACACGCUGUGAUGAGUAUGUGACUCAGCUGGAUGAGAUGCAGAGACAGCUGUCUGCGGCGGAGGAUGAGAAGAAGACCCUGAACUCCCUGCUCCGUAUGGCCAUCCAGCAGAAGCUGGCCCUGACCCAGCGCCUGGAGGACCUGGAGUUUGACACCGAGCAGACCCGCCGCGGAGGCAAACCAAAAGCCAAAACCACUAACGGCAGAACCACUAACGGGCAGACCAACGCCGUCAACAACCCCCGCAUAAGUCACGGCCUCACCUGUGCCGGGAUCGGCCGCCCCAACGAGCCCAACGCCAUGCCCAACUGCAUCCGUGGAGGCCCUGUGGUCUUCUGCAGCGAGAAGUACAAGAUCUACUGCGACUGAAGCGGCUGCGUUGUCAGCACGGGACUGCUGUGUACAGAGGGGAGGAGCCCGAGGCUCUCCCCUGCAUUAAUGUUAAAGAGCCCCACUAUGCUCGCUUAGCUCCCUGCCUGCCCAGCCUGUAGCCUCAUAGGGCCUGGUGUGUUUCUAACCUACAGUACAUAAGUAUGCCCAUGGCCACGUAUGGCCGCUCACGUCUGCUAGUGUAAACGCUUAGGGGAAUGCAGAUGUGUAUGUACAGUACAGUGUGCACUAGAAGUUUGGGACUGUUUUAGACAUAAUGUAUGGCAUGUGGAUAGGGUCUCAACCGGCCGCCGGUGGGCUUCUGUGGAUACUAUGGGGUGCUGUACUUAUGAUGAUGUAAAAGGUGGCAGCAUUUGUGCUUAGUGUGUUCUGAACCCCCUGAGUGUGUUGCCUGGUAACUGUAAUGCACUUAGGGGGUGGGGACUUGGGAAGAGGGUGUCACUUUAAGGGGUCAUGUGACUGAAGUUGACAUCCUCUCCUUGUGUUGCUCGUCUGUUGGCGUUGGUGCUCCUUCGAUAAAGCCCCCCAUUCUCCUCUCUCCUGGCCCCCCAGGACUAAGCCAGCCCAGCAACCCGCUGACCAAUCAGGUCGCUCUUUAAUGUUUACAUAAACAAAUGAAACAAAACAAUAUGCAAACUCCCCCUGCUGUUGCUUAGGGGAGUCCAGUGUGAUUUGCUGGGUUUUCUAACUGAAUUUCAAAACUCUCAAAGCGGGUUGGCUGAUGAUUAGUGAUGUCGGAGGUGGGUGAUAAAGGAGCACCUAAGACCACAGGUGUUUAAUUUCAGGAUUCAUUCAGGCCAAUCGCAUGGCAUUGCAGCUGAGAAUGCUACUGAGCUUUUAACUGUUUUUCUAUGUAAAAAGGUGUGUGGCACAGCACAAGCUAUGUACUACAGGGCUCUACAUUUUAACCAGAGCACUUAUUUAACGUCUGCUGAAAGAAACGGUGGGCUAUUCCAUGUGACCCAGUAUGUCAUAUUGGUGUUCUUUCAGAGCCAUGUUACUAGAGAACGAAAGCAAGACGAAACGAUCUCUACACCUAAAUUAAGUGCACUUCAGAAUAGGUGCCUCAGGUUCUAACUUAUAUUAGAAAAGGAUAUAAUAACUGUGAACAGAUACAAUAUAGUUUUGAUUGAUGGUGAUUUUUGUAACAUCAGUAAAGAUCCUAAAAGAGCACAAAAAUCAAUGGCACUCAGAUCCGGAUCAUAAUUCUGCAAACAAAACCGACAACCCUCGGCAAAGUGCCUGUCGACCCAAACACUUGAUAUCAACUAUAUCUAUCUAUGGAUGUAAAGCCCUGUCUUUGUGUCUGUCAGCCUAAUGCUCAUCUCUCCCUCUAUCUUCUUUCCCUCUCUUUUUGGAGGCCCUUUUAAGCUCUCAAAUGAACUAUGUGUGGUUAUGUGGCUGAAAACCCUGUCCUCCUCCUCAUGUCUCUAACCUGUGUCUCGUCGCUUGGUUGUCAUGACAACCCCUCUCUCUCUCUUUUAGAUUGUCAGCAGCUUGCUCGCCCUGAAACGCCACUCUCCCUUUAUGUGGGGGAAAAACAGAAUAUUAUCAGGUAACGUCCUCACGCGUAUGCGUGUUCUGAACCCUGCGUGUGUGCGCGUGUGUGCGUGUGUGUGUGCGUGCGUGUGUGCGUGAUAUGUGAGUGAUCUCAACUCCGGCACUGUGUAGGUAUGUUGUUUUCUGCAAAUGGAGGGUAGUUCAUUUCUGAGAUGCUCUUUGUAUGCAAGAGGACAAACCAAUAUACUGUCUUCAAUAUCCCCCAAAAAGCUUUAAACCUUGCAAGCUUGUGCCAGACAGAUUAAAAAAUAAAGAAAUAAAUGAAUGUGGGGCUUGUGUUAGAUAAAUCCAUGUUGUACAUAACCACACAUUGUUAGCUUUAUGAUGCUAAAAGCAGAGUUGAUGCCAGGAAAUCCUUGAAGAUUAAUCAAAUUAUGCUUUUUUUACCAGUAACAUAAAAAACUAUAUAUUCUUAAUGAUAUGAUUGUAAUCAGGUUAGAAUCUUCUAGGAUCCUCCUAGGCCCCCUCUCUCUGGAAUAGGGAGGGAGAGCUUUCGUUCCUCCGAACGAGGGACAUCCCCAACCCUGCUUGAGUUGAGUAUGUGCUGUGCUGCGCUACGAGACCUUUAGACACACAACACAGUAUGGAGACUGUGUUCACAUCAGACAAACACCUCCACUGAGUGAAAAUCACUCUUCGGUUAUUGUUCCACUUAAGUGACAGCGAUAGAUUCACUCUUUGUUUAUAUCAGUUUGCGCUGAGUGUAGAGACUAGGAGAGGACAGAGGAGUAAUACUAGUGUUUAAACGAUGCUGGUCAUGAAUUUGAUACUGUGUUUGGAGACAUGGGUUCCAGGGUUAUUUGAGGGAGAUGCUCUAAACCCUUGGUGAUUCAAAAAAAUGAUUCCUGUUUUUAUAUGAGGUUUUUGUUUAACUACUUUGUCUCUAACUGUGGAAUCUUACCAGUGGACAUUGAUUCAAAUUAGUUGACCCUCUAUCCCUCUUCCCUUGUUUCAGCUCUUUGGAUUCACUGAACAAUAGAUAGAUUUAAUAAUCCAGGAUGUGAUUGUGGCUAGAGAGACCCCCCCCCCCCCAGUUCUCUUGGUCUAGUUUGAAAUCAAUGUCCGUUUAUCUGAUGUCAUCAAUAGAAUUCCACCAGAAUUAAGCUCCUCCUACCUCUGUCUGCAGGCUCUGCCCACAUCAACGUUGAGUUCUCUCACACGCUCUUAAUUCGAUUUUUGAUUGGUUGAGAGCCUGCAUGCAACAAAUAAAAAAAACAUGCCCGUUCUCAUUAACCUGCAUGCCAUUUGGGAAAAGCCCUCCUAUGACUGACCUGGUUCUGGGGUAUGGUCUAAACUCUGGGGGGGGGGGG